AUGACGGCCGUGUUGCCUAACCAGGAGACGGUCACCACCCCGGACCUCAGCAGCCUCUCCUCCCCCCUCAUCGACACCGAGAGGAACCUGGGUCUGCUGCUUGGCCUCCACGCCUCCUACCUGGCCAAGAGCACCCCCCUGUCCCCCAUGGAGAUCGAAUGUGCCAAAUGGCUCCAGUCGUCCAUAUUCUCGGGGGGGCUGCAGACGAGUCAGAUCCACUACAACUACAACGAGGAGAAGGAUGAGGACCACUGCAGCUCCCUGGGGACGACCACCCCGGACAAAGCCAAGAUGUACUCCCGCAGAAUCACCCUGAGUGACCACGCUCAGCCCUUCCUGCAGGCCAUCGCUGACAACAACACUCAGGACCACACUGUCAAGGAUCUUAGCAGCACUGUUCUGUACGUAUUGGAGCUUCUGAAGGCUCCUGCUAGGAGUCCCGAUGAGGAGAGCGUUGCAGUAAUCGAGCCUUGA